ACGUUGUUUAUCACCAUAAUUGUUAAGUAACGUAAAAAAUUGUUAAAUACUGUAAAAAAUUGUUAAACUAAUAUUUUUUUUGUAUUAUUUUAUUUUUGUAGUUUAUUUUUAAUUUUCCUGUAAAAUAUUCUCAAUGUGCUGAAAUCUUUUUAUUUCACUUUUAUAUACAAAUUGGCAUUCAGUAAAUUAAUUCUAUACACAUUAAUUACUAUAUAAAAUGAGAAUAACAAAUUUGCUCAUUCUGCCGCUUACGGCGUUAAUCUCCCUAACGGGAACAACAGCGUUGACAGACGUUGAACUGAGUGAACGAAUAAUUGACUCGUUUAAGUUAAUGUAUAAGCAGAUAAGUUACGCGUCGUAUUAUAUGAAGCGUAGGAUUGAUAAGUUGGGAUUUGAGCGUCCUGCGUUAAACUCCUACGUCAAGGCCAUGACAAGUGAUACGGAAAAAGUACUAUGUGAACUUGGAUUCAUAGUGGAAAAGGAGUUACCACUCCGUACUUCUUCUCUUGACAUUACUCACGGCUAUUCCUUUGCACAUGAUCCAGCACAUUUCCAGCAAUAUCCCACGGUGGAAUCGAAGAUCAGAUCGGGAGUGGAACUGAUGUUACAUUCGUUCUCAUUUUGGAAGUUGCACUUUAAUCACUUGAUUGGGUUUUUAAGUCUUGGUACCAGCAGGCCAAAGAACGACAACGUGUUCAAGUUAGUCUACCACGACUUUGUCAUGAUCUUCUUCCCAAUCACCAGACUCAUUUACCAACACUACAACGUCAAGUUUAAAAGUGUGAAGCCCGAGGAAAUAUAUUCCAAGGGAUUGUAUGUGAAUGCUAUUAAACUGUUCAGCGGUACGGAUAAUUACGAAGGAUUCAACGAUGAAAGCUUGUUGAUACAGCUGAUCAAGAGAACUUACUGGAGUGACGCAGACCUCAUCAAUCGCAUGUUCAAAGAUAUCAAGUCACAAGUUAAAACAUUACCAAACUAUGUACAGUCACUCUUUAACAUCUUUCAAAUUUACCAAUCCAAUCUCAACAAAGUUUAAUUUCAUACAUUUGCUCA